AUGCAGACUGGUAGAUUGCGUAAGCAAAGUGCUGUUCAAGAAGCAGCAAAUCCCAAUGCUACGACAGUACCUGAUUCUGGAACUGAAUUGCUGAAUACACAAAAUAAUACUUUGAGAGAUGAGGUUAACAUGGCAAUUGAAGCAGAGGUUACCCCUUACAAUGAUAGAGUAACUAGGCUUACAACACGAGUAAGCAGACGAAGCAGGAUAAUUCAAAUGGGGACUCAAUCGCAAUCUGUGAGUGUUUAUAAUGACAGUGCACGAACCAGUAGGACUGGCAGAUUGCGUAGGCAAAGUGCUGCUCAAGAGGCAGCGAAUUGUAAUGCUAUGGCAAAACCUGAUUCUGGAACUGAGUUGCUGAAUACACAGAAUAGUAGUUUGAGGUAUAUACAGACUUUUCAAAAGUUGUGGUUUAUAACUGCUUUGAGUGAUGUAGAUGAGCUCAACAUGAGAAUUGAUUCAGAGGUUACUACUCACAAUGUCAGAGUAACUAGGCGUACAACACGAGUAAGCAGACGAAGCGAAGUUAUUGGAAUGGGAUCUCAGUCGCAACCUGUGAGGACUACGAUGGCUAGGCAGACACAGAGUCAACACCCUAUUCGGAAUAUUGAAAUUCCAGCAGCUACGAUUGGGUUACGAUUGCCUAUUGGUCCUGCAAAAUUAGUUCUGCCACAUUAUUGUUCUACAUGUAAUGCUAAAAAGUUUGCAUAUGAGACAUUGCAUUUUUGUUGUGGUAAUGGAGAAGUGCAAAUUGCUGUCAAUGAAUAUCCCUUAGAGUUAAAGAGACUCUUUACAAGUGAUGAUGAAGAUGCUCUUCAUUUUAAGAAAUAUGCUCGGUUGUACAACAAUUUAUUUGCUUUCAGCUCACUGGGUGGUAAUUAUGAUUCUGAUACGCACAAGGGAAUUUAUGUGUUUAAGGGGCAUGGUCAAAUGUAUCACUUUGUUCCGGAUUUACUUCCUACUGAUGGGAAAGCUAAGUAUUUACAGCUUUAUUUCUAUGAUGGUCAACAUGAAAAUACAGUUUUGGAUCAAAGAGUGUACAAUGCUCCAUCGGUUGAUGAAGUUGCUGGUAUAUGGCCAGAUAACUCAGGCUCUAGCCAUAGUAGUAGUCCUCAUAUUGUUGUUCAAGGUGAAUGUGGAUGGACUCAAGGGCUCAAGAAAACAACAUGGGGAGGGAGACAACAAUCAGCUAAUCAAGUUGAUCCUAUUAUGUCAUGUGCUGUUCAUACUGAGGAUGAGUUACUUGCAGAAGAAAAGUCACGGAGAUGUUUACAGCAGUAUAUAGUUGAUAUGUAUGUCAAAAUAGAAAAUACAAGGCUGGAUUUCUUUCGUAAGAAUCAAGAUACAAUCAGAGCUGAUUUAUAUCAAGGUGUUCUUGAUUCUCUGGAUUGUGGUGAAACUGUUGUAGCAAAUGUUGGGCGUAGAGUUAUACUACCGCCUACUUAUAUAGGAGGACCACGAGAUAUGAAAAAGAGAUAUUAUAAUGCAAUGGAUUUGGUGCACAAGUUUGGGAAACCUGAUCUUUUUGUAACAAUGACUUGUAAUGCAAACUGGCCUGAGAUAAAAAAUGAAUUGGGUCCUAAUGAACAAGCACAAGAUCGCCCUGAUUUAGUAGCACGCAUUUUUCAUGCUAAAUUAAUUUCUUUGAAAAAAGAAAUCAAGGAAAACAAGUGCUUUGGUGAAGUUGCAGCUAUGAUAUUUGUGGUUGAAUUUCAGAAACGAGGGCUUCCACAUGCUCACUUUCUGGUUAUCUUAAAACCAGAGUGCAAGCUGAAGAGUAUUGAAGAUUAUGAUAGAUUUGUGUCUGCAGAGAUACCUCCCACUACAGCUCCUGUACUUCGGAAAAUAGUACUACAACAUAUGAUGCAUGGGCCAUGUGGAAACUUGAAUCCUAAAUGUUCAUGUAUGCGCAGAUCAAGGAAUACAGAAUCUUGCAAAUCUGGUUACCCUAAACAGUUGUUUGAUGACACCAUUGUAAACAAAGAAGGCUAUCCUUUAUACAGACGAAAAAACACAGGAGAGCAUGUUAAAAUAAGAGGUGCUCAGUUGGACAAUCGUUGGGUCAUACCAUAUAAUCCAUACUUGUCUGUGCUGUUUGAUAGCCAUAUAAAUGUUGAGGUCUGUUCAACUAUCAGAGCUGUCAAAUAUUUGUAUAAAUAUGUGUAUAAAGGUCAUGAUCGAAUCCAAUACAACAUUGUACCUGAAAAAGAGAAUGUUGUUGAUGAGAUUAAACAGUAUCAAUCUGGGAGGUGGGUGUCAUCGUGCGAAGAUGUGUGGAGAAUUUUUGGUUUCGAUCUAUUUGAAAUGUAUCCUCCGGUUCUUCCAUUACCAGUACAUUUACCGAACAUGCAGAGCAUUUUGCUUAGGCCACAUGAACGGCUACAGUCUGUUGUUUCUGAUGGUAUGCGGCGUAGAACUCCGUUGACUUAA